UGGGCGCCAUGAGUCUGCAGCCUGCGCCUGUUCUACCCCUACCCGACCCCGGCAAGCUCAGUCUUCCCGACCCCAGUGUCCAGCCCGUACGGCAAAACCCUGGACUCGGCUUGCCGGCAGCCAACCCCAGCGUGCCGCCCGCACAAACCAACUCUGGCCUCUCCAGCGCGCCGCCAACUGAGCAGCCGGCGAGGCCCAACCCCAAUCCACUGGUCGCACCCAAACCCAGCGUGCAGCCAACCGACCAGAGAGGUAAGCAGAAGUUAACUUCAGGCUUCUUUAGGACGCCACGCUCGUCCUCCCGUAUUGAGAAAAACCUGAUAUGGCCACAAGAGGAAUUGCCCGCCUUCUCGAGUGAUUCGGGCAAGCUCACCUACCCUGUAUUGAAUUGGGACCAAUUCCUGGCCGGAUACAUGAAGCUGUUUACUUCUGAAUUGUUGGGUUCGGUCGAGUUGCGAGAGAGACUUAAGCUGGUGCAACAGUGUGCUGAGUAUAAACUGCGCUAUCCAUGGGCCCCUGCUAUCCGUGAUUUUCAUGGGGAAGUGUUACGAGCGGUGGAACGUGGCGAGUUUGACUGGGGCGACUCGGGUUACAAGGACCACGUGGAGCACAUGUACAGGCUGCAUGUACAACCCCACCUGCAGUGCAACACAACACCGAAGACGCAGCGCCCUUCUCAAUCGCAGUCCCAACUGCAGGAGACACUGAAAUAUUGCAAAUUAUUUCAGUCUCAGUCCUGCCCCCUGUCAGAGAUCAUUCACGAAGACGAGCAAUUUGGGGAAGUACACCACAUCUGCGCGAAUUGCCUGAAUCAGCACAACGACGCCGCGUACGACCACGGCGCAUCGGACUGUAACCGGAAAGGUCGUCGUGGCCGGAGUGCGACCGGCAAGCAAGCCUGACCAGAUGGGAGGCUGUUUCAUAUACAUUCAUGACAUUGACUAUAUUCGGGACGAUACUGUUUGUAGCUGUGUGCAGGAUGACGUCAGUGUAUGUUUACCCCUUGAGGACGUCAGUGUAUGUUUAAUCCUUGAUUCUACGAACAUAAUAAAUGACACUACUUGUAGCAUUUGCCCGGAAACACUUGUUCUUGUAAAAUUUCUGUGCCAUGAAGAUGGGAUAUUGCUGAUUUGCGUAGCCCUUACUUUGAGUUCCUAUGACUGUUUGUGCACAGAAUAUUGUCAACAAUUGUCUUCAAAAUCCUAGGUGUUGCCUUCGUGCACAUUAGGUAUUACCGGUUGUAUGCCGGUGUGUUCACAUCGAUAUUGCUGUGCCAUUUAGAUGGGAUAUUGCUGAUUUGCGUAGCCCUUACAUUGAGUCCUCUAUGACUGUUUGUGCACAGAAUAUUGUCAACAAUUGUCUUCAAAACCCUAGGUGUUGCCUUCGUGCACAAUAGGUAUUACCGGUUGUAUGCCGGUGUUUUCACAUCGAUAUUGCUGUGCCAUUUAGAUGGCAUAUUGCUGAAUUGCGUAGCCCUUACAUUGAGUCCUCUAUGGCUGUGCACAGAAUAUUGUCAAAUUGUCUUCAAAACCCUAGGUGUUGCCUUCGUGCACAAUAGGUAUUACCGGUUGUAUGCCACAUUACUACUUGUAGCAUUUGCCCGGAAACACUUGUACUUCAGAAGACUGCCAAUAUGCGGCAUGAUAUCGAUGAUUCUAAACGGAAUAGUAGCGAAUAUAUGUUUGUAUGCCCUGAUAUCAGUAGCCUUUGCCCAGAGAGUCUUGUACUUCAGAAGACUUAAAGUGCCGAUAAUGUUUGUCUUCAAAACCCUAGGUGUUGCCUUCGUGCACAAUAGGUAUUACCGGUUGUAUGCCACAUUAUUGUACAUCAACCAUGUUACGUAGGAAGUUUCAUCUAGCAUUUCUGUAGCCUAUGGUACAAGUAUGUUAUGUAUCAUGUUAUACUGUUGCCUUGGGUUAUACUGUAUAUAUCUGCUGGUUUCUUAUACUUCUAGGGUGCGGGGGUGCCUCUCUUACGGCUGCACGGGGUGUCCGCUCUUAUCGUUCCCUUAGCCCUGGGUGUUGGCGGUUUCCUUCUAGUUUUUGGCGGGUUUUCUUGUACGCAUAUGAAACGUUAAGCAUUAAAACUCACAACUGCCACCCCAGGGCUUCUGUCUUCUAUGCUCCAGUCUCAGUAGUUAGGAACGAACUAGACAAUUGUGAUAGGAUGAGCGGACAUCCUGUGUAAUUGGAUGAGAGGCACCCCCACACCUGGGAUGGUUUAUUCCAUGAUACCACGUGACUAGAUGUGAUGCAGUGACUUUUACUCUGCACGUUUUUUCCCCACCCUCCCAUCCCAGGGUUUUCUUGUACGCAUAUGAAACGUUAAGCAUUAAAACUCACAACUGCCA